GCUCUGCGAACACCGUCGCUGAACCUGGAUUCAUACUGAAGUUCCUGUUUUUUUAACUUGCAUUUUGGACACCCCCCCCCAAAAAAAAAGAGAACGUCUCACAGCAAUAAACAAACCACCCAAGACCACACAGGAAGUUUGGGGAGACCAUCGUAAUAAAACAACUCCUGGACUUUCGGGCAACGAACUUUGUCCAGGGAGGAGGCUGGCCGGGGAGGAGAAACCAGAGAGAGCUUUCCGUCGCCUCCCUCAGAGGAUGAGAGAAAGGUGUGGAGCGCUCGAGAUUGACAGAGAUGGUCACUCCCGGAAAUCGGUGUCUGAGAUAAUCCUACGAAGCUAAAUCCUGAGCAGUCAUAAUAAGCCAAUGGUUUAUGGGAAGAAACCGGUUUAUUCAGGUAAACCAAGUGCACCCUCGGGUGCCCAUUAGGGUGGGGACCCAGAGUUUACAGGUCUUUAAAAAAAAGGAUACAACAGUUGAUUGGUGCCUGAGGAACAUAUGCUCGUUGGUGACAAUUUAUUGCAUUUCAGCCAAGCCAUUGCUCAUGCGCAGAGCAGUUGCACACAAAGAAACAUCAAGUCUUCCUUAUAAGGUACUUGGUUUCUUCCUCCUGACCAGACCCGCUGGGAGGCCUUGGACUUCACUGCGAAUUUUCUGUGCCUGCCCCAUGGAUUCCAAGGCGGAGGGAAGACAGAACCCAGUGCCCCGGAAGCUGCUUGCCUUCCUUCUCCUCCAGGUCCUCUUUGCCACCGCACUCUUCAGCUACGUCCGACAGGGCUCCAGGUCGGGGUCUCCAACCUCUCCUUCCUGCCCCGAAACGCCCCUGCAAGAGACGGCGAUCCUUCGGCCCCCCGCUCCCCAGCUCUCCUCCAAUCUCACGAUCCUGCUGUGGACCUGGCCGUACGGCGUCCACGUUCCCUUUGAGAACUGCUUCGAGGUCCUCGGCGUGCCCGACUGCCACUUCACGGUGGAUCGCCACUGGUACCCUAAGGCCGACGCGCUCUUGGUGCACCAUUAUGACGUGUACCUGGACGCCAGAAAGCUCCCUCAAGAGCCGAGGCCGCCGUUCCAGCGCUGGGUCUGGUACAGCCCUGAACCUCCCAGCAAGCACCCUGUCCCGGACUUCAUGGACAACCUCUUCAACUUCUCCAUGUCGUACCGGAGAGACUCGGACAUCUAUGCCCCUUACGGAUGGCUGGAAGUCCUCCCACAGCCCCAGAAGGUCACCGUACCCCCCAAGUCCAAGCUGGUGGCCUGGGUGGUGAGCAACUGGAAGCCCAAGUACGUUCAGGUCCGGGUGAAAUACUACGAGGAGCUGAAGAAAUACAUCCAAGUGGAUUUGUACGGACGCAGGCACUCGCCUCUCUCCGGGAGCCAGCUUCUCUCCACCUUAUCCCAGUACAAGUUCUACCUGGCCUUCGAGAACUCCCAGCAUGAAGACUACAUCUCCGAGAAAGUUUGGAGGAACGCCUUUCUCUCCGGAGCAGUCCCCGUCGUCCUUGGGCCUUCGCGGAAAAACUACGAGAGCCACAUCCCUCCGGACUCCUUCAUCCACGUCGACGAUUUCUCCAGCCCGCGAGAGCUGGCCGGCUUCUUGCAGGAACUGGACAAGAAUGCCACGCGAUACGAGAGUUACUUCCGGUGGCGCUCACGGUUGAGAUCCGUCAAUUAUAAAUCUUGGGGCUACCAGUUUUGCAAAGCGUGCCAGGCCUUGCAACAAAAACCCGCCGUCUACCAGACCUUGCCUGAACUUAGCAAGUGGUUUAAGUGAUGUGGAAGGUGUGGGGGGGGAGUGCGAUUUGACCAUCAGGCAGUCACAAGAACCACGGGGUUGAGGCAACCCAGACUUUCUGGGCUCGUAGCCGGCCGCCGAAGGCAGCCCCCGAAGACCGCGAGGCGCUGUGGAUUCUUGGAGCACGAAAUUCAUCCUAUAACUCCAUACAGAAAAAUCCUAAGAGGAACUUCUUCCCAUGGCUGGUGUGGAAAAUUUGUAGUCACUCACAAUGUUUCUUGCUGGGAUGUUUUUUUAAUUCUCUACUACUUUUUUGUGGAUCUUAGGAGAGAUGAGAAUGGCAUAAUACUUGGAACAUUUCUGUGCACAAAUAUGGCCCUAUUUCCACUCCCAACAUCUGUUCCAGAACAUAAUCUUUGUCAGAAAAGGAAAGUAACUUAUUACAAAUGACAACAUGCCUUGUGAUGGUUUUGUUCCAAACUCUGUGCAUUAUCUUCAUUUGGCAUUUCUGAUUUUUUUUUAAUCAUGGCUGUUACUUGAAUUAAAUCUGCCACAUUCAUGUAACCAGAGGAGAGAUGAUUACGGUUGUCAGGAUGUUAAAAAGGCAUUGCUUGGAUUUUUUUUUAAUUGCCAGGAUCAACACGUUAUCUUAAGAAUCAGGGACUGGAUUAAACGAGUGAAUAAUUAAAGAAAUGUUUGAGGAACUAAUCUGAUGGGAGAAGCGGUUUUUAAAAUUUAUUUAUUGAAAAUUAAGAGGCGAUCAUGAGGGACGAUUGCUUAUGAGGAAUCUAAUUAGAGAUACAUAUCUGAUAAGAAUUAAUCUAAAGGGUCCUGUAAUAUCCUUGGUGUUUAUUUAUAUCUGAC